GCAAGCCCAUGAGUUUCAUGGUUGCUGUGGUGACACUGUGUUUAGGUGCCCGUCACUCAUUGAGCCGGUAGCAGCGUUAGUUAGCUAAUGAAGAGACCAACUGCUAGCAACGCCUUAUACCUCACUUAAGAAGCUAAGUACAUUUAACUGAAAGGAAGAAACUACAACGGAGAGAGCAAAAUAAGAACUCUUAACCUGCGAAACUGACAGUGAGAAAAGCGAAGAAUGUAUAAAGUGAAGCAAGUGCCCCAUAAAUUUCUGCCGCCGGAAUGGUGGAUGACAAACCGGGCUCACUGUGUGACUGCGGAGGCAGAGUGUUCACGGUCUGAGCGGCUCAUCGCCACGAGCCAGACUGUGGUGGAAGAAAGUAACAAGGCUGCACAACGCAUGCAACAGGAUGUCAACAAGAAGCUUGAGCAAAGGCUCCAGGCCAUCAAGUUUUGGAGGCAAGAGCUGGAUAAGAAGCUGGGGGAAAUGACAGAGGAGAUGGAGGUUCUGAUGACCUUCAGGACCAGACUGGAGAAGGCCUUGGAGAACUGCUCACCGCCCCUCCAAGUCAUACAGCAGUGUCUGUCUGAAAGGGAGAAUCAUGCGGGCAUUGACCGGGUUCAUGAUGAGGUGGAGAGGGAACUGAUGAAGGAGAGGGAGGUGAUGGAGGGGGUGAGAUCACUGCUGCAGCGUACUCUGGAACAGACCAAUGAGCAGAUGAGACUGAACCGUUCAGCAAAGUUCUGGCUAGAGAAAGAUCUGCAGCAGAAGUUUCAGGCAGAGCAGAUCGAUGAUCGUUGUUCCGUCCUCACUGACACCUCACCUAGCCUGAGCCACACAGAGAAGAUGCACCGCUCUACUCCGUACCCUAAUGUAACACCUGAAGGGUGGGAGAAUUCCUCCGAAAUAAAUACCUCCAAGGCAGAGAAAGAGAGGAACAACUCGGCGUCUCUGAGAGCCCUGAUAGACCGUGUGCUGGAGCAGACGGCUGCAGACAUGCGCAGCCAGCACCAGGCUGCGGCCACUGCCCUUCAGCUGCGCAUACAGGAGACGAAGGAUGCCAAAGAUCAGCUCGAAGACCACCUGCAGAAGGUUCUGGCAGAAAUUGCAAACCAGGAGAGGAACCUAGAAUCCCUUGCAGUCGCCAUUCAGGCCAAGCAGGGGCCGCUAAAGGUUGCGCAGACACGUCUGGCUCUGCGCAGCCAGAGGCCCAGUCCUGAGCUCUGCCUGGACUCUGCGCAGAUUCAGCUUUCUGCAGAGGUCCAAGACCUGUCUGCUCACCUGGAGAGGCUGAAUGCCAGCCUAUCCCAGUCAGAGAUGGAGCUUCGGGCAUUGACCCAGACCCAGCUGUCCCUGGAGGAGCAAAUUCAUGGGAAGUCAAACUCCCUCUACAUCGAUGAGGUCAUCUGCUCAUCGCUACACCAGUCUAUUGCAAUUCACAGUUUCUGAUUGGACCAUGGGCUGCAUCUUAAUCUCCGUAUUUUGAGGACCAACGUGUAGACCAGCACCACUCAACUCCAAGUGCUGCAGGCCACAGUGUGUGCUGGUGUUUGCACCAACCAUGCACUGAUUUCAUUAUUGAGCUUACUUUCUGAACCAAGGUGAAAUCAGGUGGUGUAGUGCAUGGUUGGAGUAAAUACCUGCAGACACUGCAGCCUGCAGGACCUGGAGUUGAGUAACGGUGGUGUAGACAGAUGACUCGUAUGGCCUGUAACACAUAUGAAUCAUGAACAUAUGAUGAAAGUGAAAAGUGUGCAAGUGCGUGUACAUUUCCAAUUAGCUUCUCAUUACUUGGCUUGUAAAGUAGAAUUUCAUUACAAGUCAUGUCAAAAUCAGUGACAUUUCUUUCAGUACUAAUCCUGUAUUCACAUACAUUUACAACAUGGAAAUAGGCAUUUUGUGUAGUGAUUGUAUUCAUUUAUGGCUGUCUUGUGCUUAUUUAUUUAUGGAUGUUGGUGCGUUUGGACUGUGCCAGAGCAGCUCAGGAUAAUGACGAGGGAAGUACGACAGGAAAAUGGCACUAAUUAGAAGAGGUGUCCACACACUUUUGGAAAUGCAGUGUAUCUUAGUUAUUGUUUCUCAAUGCUAAUAUUACGGCAGUGUUCACAUUGAAAAACAUUAUUUCUCACUGUAACAUCUGAAAUCAAAUUUGUUGGUAAUACGUCAUUUGGAAUCAGUUGGUUGAAAACAUUCAUUCAUGCAUAUUCAUGCAUAUUCACAUACUGAAAUAAUGGCAUCUGGUCAGUUCCUGUGAUUUUCCACACAACACGAUUUUCCUUUCACAUAAAGGUCUACACUGCACUACACACCUCUCUUAUUGGUUCUGUAGUUCCAGGUAACUUUAUACCCUUCUAAUUACUCUCAUCCCUGCCCCCUCACUAAGCUACGCCUCUGUAAUUUCAACCAUGUCAGCCCUUCCAUUAAUCAUGACAGUCAUCUCAAGCUAGCGCAUUAAGUGUCUGACAUCACAUGCUUCAGAGGGGAGCACAUGUUUGUCUGCUUCCUCCCCAUUGAAGAGUGGCAGUUAGUAGCUAGGACAAAAAUUGCUCUUGAUGUAUGUGCUUGCCACAUCAUGCACGCAACACACAACAGUUCCGCACAUGAGAUGCUGUGUUCUGUACUGACCAGACAAAUUAAAAGGAUUAAGUGAAUUUAAGACA